AUAUUGCGAAUUAUCAACUGAUUAAAAUGCCACCACGGCGGUCCAAACGGAUGAGAAUUGAGACGACAAGGGCGAGCGAAAGUAGAACGGCAAGGACCAGGGAGCAGCGACCCAAUGGUAUAAUGGAUGAUGGCCCAUCAGAACCGGUGCAAACCAAUUCGGAGGUCACGCAACCAUCAAGGACAACGACGUCAUCUUCUUAUGCCAUAUGCAUGGACGAUAUUCCUCCAGCAGUCCCAUCGGUCCACAACAUGCUAGGUAUGCACGUUAGCAACGCAAUUAAACAAAAAAUUAUAGAAGGGCAGUAUAUUGAUCUGGCCUCUCUAUUACUUCCUAGACCUGGUGACGAUGAAAAAAAAAUAAUUGUAAAUAAUAUGGGGGAAAUAAUAUCCAAGGAUGCUAACCCAAAAAAGGUUGAUACCAUAGAACAGUGGACUGAUCUCAUGUUUAUAUUUGCUGGGAUUUAUCUUAGUGGCCACCCUGCUAAAUCCAUAGAGCUUUUGAAAUACAUGCAUUGUGUUAGGAUGGGGGCUAAUAGGGGAGCAGUGGGAUGGAAAGAAUACGAUGUUCAGUAUAGGUUACGUAAGGUUCAUAAUCCAGCAUCAUCAUGGGGGGAAGUGGAUUCUGAGCUCUGGUUAAUGUUCAUGACCCCAACUUCAACCGUUAAUGCUCCUCAAACCCUGCCCAGAGCUACAUCCAUAGGAAAGUGCUACAACUUCAAUUUCAAAGGGUCUUGCGAAAAGUUUCCUUGCACGUACACUCACAGUUGUUUACGUUGUAGCGGCCAGCAUGCUAUGAUACACUGCACUCUUGCUCAAACUCAUAUGCAUAAUUUUCGUGCCCCCAGAUUCCCAACACAACAUGCUAACAAUCAACCCAGGACACAACAAUCGCAUUUCAGGGGACCCCAGAACCCCAACAACCUGCGCCUCCGUUUUAGAUUUACAAACCCACAAGGUGUGGGGCCUCGGCAAAACCCCUAUUAA